GUAAGCAGAGGAUAGUCAUUUUUGAAAUAGUUUGUCUUUUAGGAUGAUGGAGAAUGGUGGUGGCGCAUCAUCUGUGUGUCCUUCCACUCCUCAAUGGAACCUCGAUAGACCUUUCCUCACCGGCCAAUUCCUUCAGGAAUCAAAAUUACCAUCUGGUCCUGCUGCUGAUUCAAAUCCACUCGAUUUUCGUUUGGAAGUAGACAGGCCUAUUAGUUGCUACAGUGCUUCCGUCCAGGAACUAAUAUUAAUCGAUGAUCUUCUGUCUGCUUUGAUUGGCGUUGAGGGUCGAUAUAUUUCUAUCAAUAUAGUUCGAGGGAAUGAGGACUCUUUUAGCUUCGAAGUUAAUGGAUCUAUGGAUUUGGCGCUCCAGGAACAGGCGAAAAGGAUAUUUCCUAUGUGCAAGAGCUAUCUACUAAUCAAUCAGUUUGUCGAGUCAAGAUCCCAGUUCAAGUCUGGAUUGGUUAAUCAUGCCUUUGCUGCUGCACUAAGGUCCUUCCUCCUCGAUUACCAGGCUAUGGUGGCACAACUUGAACAUCAAUUUCGACUAGGACGACUCUCCGUACAAGGAUUAUGGUUCUAUUGCCAGCCAAUGAUGGGAUCAAUGCAAGCAUUAUCAUUGGUAAUAAGAAAGGCUUCGGUAUCUAAUUCUGUUGGUUCUGCAGUUCUUAACCUUUUACAAAGUCAGGCCAAGGUAAUGGCUGGUAACUACUUGGUGAGGUCAUUGCUGGAGAAGAUGAUAGAGUCUGCAAAUUCUGCUUAUCUUGGCAUACUAGAAAGGUGGGUGUAUGAAGGAGUUAUUGAUGAUCCUCAUGAUGAGUUCUUCAUUGCUGAAAACAAAGCUCUUCAAAAAGAGAGUCUCACACAAGAUUAUGAUGCUAUGUAUUGGCGACAACGAUACAGUCUCAAAGAUGAUAUUCCUUCCUUUCUUGCAAAUUCGGCUGAGACUAUUUUAACAACAGGGAAAUAUUUAAAUGUCAUGAGAGAAUGCGGGCAUACUGUUCAGGUCCCUGUAUUGGGGAAUUCAAAAUUGAUGAACUUUGGGUCAAAUGAUCACUAUCUUGAAUGCAUCAAAUCUGCUUAUGAUUUUGCCAGUGGAGAGUUGCUAAAUCUCAUGAAAGAUAAGUAUGACCUUUUCGGAAAGCUACAUUCAAUUAAGCGUUAUCUUCUUCUAGAUCAGGGUGAUUUCUUGGUUCACUUCAUGGAUAUUGCUCGUGAUGAACUUGCUAAAACACCAAAGGAGAUCUCUGUAGAGAAGCUUCAGUCCCUUUUGGACCUUGCACUGCGUUCGACAGCAGCUGCAGCAGAUCCUUUGCAUGAGGAAGUUACAUGUUCAGUGGACACAUGUUCUUUGUUGAAGAGGCUAAGCACUCUUAAAGAUCUUCAGACUAGUGAGGCUGUGUCAGAGACUGAUCUUUUAGAAGAAUCCUUGAGUAUUACUGGUGUCGAAACAUUUUCUGUCAAUUACAAGGUUCAAUGGCCACUGUCACUUGUAAUAUCAAAGAAAGCCUUGACAAAAUACCAGUUGAUCUUCCGGUUUUUGUUUCAUUGCAAACAUGUACAUCGACAACUUUGUGCAGCAUGGCAAGCACAUCAAGGUGUACGUGCACGUGAUAUGCAUGGAACUGCAAUCUCAAUAUCAUCGAUAUUGUGCCGUAAUAUGCUCAAGUUUAUCAAUAGUCUUCUACAUUAUCUAACAUUUGAGGUCCUUGAGCCAAAUUGGCAUGUUAUGCAUAGUAAACUUGAGAAUGCAAAGAGCAUAGAUGAGGUAAUUCAAUAUCAUGACUUUUUCUUGGAGAAGUGUCUCAAGGAAUGUUCACUUCUUUCCCCUGUCCUCUUCAAGAAAUUUGAGAAAUUAAAACUUGUAUGCCUUCAAUAUGCUGCUGCAACUCAGUGGCUGAUGAACUCCAUCGAAGCUCCGGACACAAACAAAUCUUUUGAUGAAUCUUCUUCAUAUGAAAGUUCAAAAGUUUUGAAGCUGAGGAAGCCUUCUAAGAAGCCCAAUUCACCCAAGGAAGAGUCAUCGGUCAUUAAAUGUGUCUUGAAAUUUGAAGCGGAGCUAACUGCAGAGCUUCAAAGUUUAAGGCCGAUUUUGAGCAGCAGGUCCCAGGCAGAACCAUAUCUUACUCAUCUUGCACAGUUGAUUCUUGGUGUUGGUAUGGAUCAAUAGAUGUAGAUUGUUGGUGUUUAUGUUAGUUAUGCCUGUUAACUUCUUGUUUUGCUGUAUAUUGAUUUUGGAAUGACAGUGUGUGCGGCAUUGAGUAGCUUCUUUUGAUUCAGCAAGACCUACUUCUUUAUUAUAAUAUAUGCAGACGGAUAAUUAUUUUAUAUGCAAA